AUGCCAACAGACAGCACACUAUGCGAGUCCGGCUCGGAUACCCGGGUAAUGCAGGAAACUUCAUUACCGACACCAGAAAGCAUCCUAUCGAUAAGCUCGACAAACUUGGGUCCAGCGACAGAAGAGCCGAAUGCACAGUCUUGGUCGCUCCUUGAUGAACAUCAUGUGUUCCCUUCAUUUCCGGACUUCGACCCCGGAAACAUAUCGCAGAGUCCGAAUGAAAAUCUGGAAGGUCUUUGGGAUUCAUCGCUAUACAAAGACCACGACCCCAGUAUCUUGGUUGAUCUGUGCGGGACCGCUCAGAACGCGCAUCCCACAGACACUCCAUCUUCGCUGCACGACAGCCAAAAAGCAAACACUGGGAGAUACAGCGCCGAAAUGCAGCAACAAAUUGAAGGCGAUAUGCAGCUCUCCCAGCUCAACCUCGAACUCUGCCGGCAACUAAACACGCACCUCCACCGGCAAACCACCACAUCUGACACCUCGGUGCAAAACUCUUGCCCCAGUAUAUCCGACGCACUCGGCGGCGUGUUACAGAUCACAGAGGCUUAUAUUCAUAUCCUACAACACCUCAGUAAUAGCGCCGAGCAACAUCAGGAUAGUACCACUACUACUUCCCCGCCAACUCUCACUUUCCUCUGUGUCCUCAACCUAACGUCAUGCUUCUUCCGCAUCGUCGACCUCUUCAACAUCCUUCUCUCCAAUCUUGCCCUCGAAUUAAUCACGCAUUCGCUUUCUUCUUCUCCGUCAUCUUCUUCCAGCGCCGCUGCAUCCACCCUCCAGAUUCUACCUGAGCUUAACCUCGCCGGGCUACCUGUUCACGAAGUCUCGCUUCAAAUCAAGAUUUUGGUGCUGGCUAUAACGCAUCAUUUCGAGACGAUGAAGUGGUUGCUGGGGAUGCCGGCGGAGCUGAGGGUGUCUGAGUGCGGCAACGAUAAUAUCUAUGGAUUGUUGAGUGCGAGUUGGACGAAUAUGCUAAGUGCGGGGAAGAGGGAAAGAUGUGAGCUGGGGUGGUUUGGGACGGGGAAUUGGGUGAGAAGUGUGGAGUCGUUGAGGGUGAAUAUAGAGGGUUUGACUAGGGUAUAUUGA